UCCAUGGACUGUGUUUCCUACCUGCAUAUUAUCCUCGUAUCUACAUCCUUGUUGAAGAGGUGAAGACCUGGGCUGAAGCUCAGAGAUACUGCAGGUGGAAGUACACCGACCUGGCCUCUGUACAUAAUGAGCAAGACAUGGCUAAGCUCAAUGACCUUAUAGGCAGAUAUGACAACAUCUGGAUUGGACUGCACAGUGACACUGAAGCAUGGAAGUGGUCUCUGGAAAAUCAGGACUACUAUGGUGAUGAAGGAGAGGCUGGGUUCAGGAUGUGGAAUAAUGAUGAGCCCAAUGGUGAUGGAUACUACAAAGUUUGUGCAGCAAUGUUACGUACUGAGUACACUACACAGAGCUUCAUCUGUGUGAAUGAAACCAUGUCCUGGAUGGAGGCUCAGAGCUACUGCAGGGAGCACUACUCUGACCUGGCCAGUGUGAGGAACCAGACUGAGAAUGAUCAGAUGAAUAUGAUGGCCACCACGAGUGAAUACACAUGGAUCGGCCUCUACAGAGACUCAUGGAAAUGGUCAGAUGGGAGUGCACAUACAUUCAGUAACUGGGCUCCCAGUGCUCCAUCCACCUCACACAAAGACUCUUGUGCUGUUUCAAACUCUGGCAAAUGGAGUAACCAAGACUGCAACAGCAGACGGAAAUUCAUAUGUUACAGGGUUCCCACAAUGAGAAAGCAGGUGCUGAAGGUGGUGCUGAAGAACACUCACUCCUCUGUAGACAUGGAGGAGCUGAAGGAAGACAUCUUGCAGAAGUUAAGUGAGAGACUGGAUCGCGGCCUGACUGAAGGAGUCAAGCUGAGAUGGGCGGAACAGUCUGAUGGAAAAAGUUUCCACAAGAAAAACACAGACAAGAAGAAUUGCACUCCCAAAUGAUGCCGUAGAUGAUCUAUGCACUUCUUUUUCAUAAUGCUAUAACACUCUACUGCAUUAAACUGUAAUGAUGCUUUUGGCUUUAGUCUCAGCAUCCAACAUCUUCAUAUCCCGGUACCUGAUUUUACAUAUGAUGAUUAGCUCACUGGUCACAGGGAGUUCUACUCCGCCUGUGACGACAGUUGUAUAAUAAAGUUUUCUCAGCUACAGUGAAUGUUAAAAUCAAGAGAAUGUGGAGUUUAAAAGAUAUCCACUAAACCACUAACCUUAUGAAAUGAACUACUGUAUUACAGAAAUAAAAAAGCUAAA